UCAAGGAUGGUGGGAUAGGGAGAAGCCACAAGGGACCACUCCCAAUGGCUCAGGUUCAGGCAGCAUGAUGGUGAUGACAGGUUCACUUUAAAGACCCCUUUCAGAUGUUAGUAGCUUAAAGUGCAGUUGUUAAUGUCUCCUUAGGGCCACUUUUACAGUGCAGCAUUGUGCUCCUUAGUGGAUCAGUAUUUGUCAAAAAUCAAAACUAGAAGUUGAACCUACAGACAGAGAAAAUGGUAAUGGUAAGAUUUGUAUCACUUCUGUGUUUCCAAUCUAUUCCCGUUUCUGUUUACAAAUACAUAUAAUAUAAACCAAAAUACUGCAAUGUUUCCCAGAAGGAAAAAGUGAAUUAAGCAUUUUCUAUAAUUGCGCCUUUAGGUUUCGACUGCACCUACAGAAUAUAACAUCUUUUUUAAGCCUAUGCAAUGUUCCUUUUAGCCAAGACAGUCAGUAACAGAUCAGAUCACUGUUAUGUUGCUACACUGCUCUGUACUUUCAGUUCACUGACUCAACUUCAUUUCAACCACCGGAAACCCAAGUUUUUUAAGCAGAGGUUUUGUUAGCAUCAGAGAAAGAGGAAUCGAGCAGAGCGAAGGGAGGAGAGCUGAGAGCUGGGGCUGAGAAGGUUCCUCUUGCUCAGCCUGUCAGGGCCUAAGGUCCAGCCUGGGUGGGUGGGGAGUGCGGUGAAGGGGGUGCAUGGAGGACGACAUCUGGCUUCCCUUCCUGUAGAGAAGUCCUAGGGCUGGGCAGCGUAUCCUGGGGACAGGCUCACCAUGGAAGAUGGUGUGAAAGAAAGCAACAUUCCUCCCCCAGAAUCUAAAGAGAUCCACAAAGCUGGCUGGUUGAAGAAAAGUAGCGGAGUGUGGGGACUGUGGAAAGAUCGCUAUAUUCAGAUACUGAAAACCCAGAUACACGUUUUUGACAAUGAGGAUGAGCAGAGGUGUCUGGAGACACUGGAGCUUGCAAAUUAUGAGCGGUGCCAAGACCAAAGAAGCUUCCUCAAACGAAAAAAGCAUUUUAAUUUAAUCCCGUCUCCAGGCACCAAGGUGCAAGAUGUAAAAUUCCAAGCUAGAAAUGCAGAAGAAAGAGAUGUGUGGAUCCAGGCUCUAAAUGAUGGAAUAAACAGAGGCAAAAACAAAGUCUUUGAUGAGGUUAAAGUAGACCCCAAAUGUUCACUAGAGCAUGUUACUCGGGAUCGUGUGAAGGUUGGAGCUACAAAGAGAAGACCCCCCACUAGAAUUCAUCUUAAAGAGGUGGCAGAUGCGUCUGCUGAUGACUCCCUUAGACUUGGCCUGGAAGCUUUAGACACUGGAAUUUUAACAAUAGUCCCCCCUAUCCCUAAAGAAAAGGAUGAGGAGCUAAAACCCCAGAAGGAACCAGUAAAGAUUCCAAUGCCACCCACAACGCAAAACAAUCUUCAAAUUACAGAGAUCCCUAAAGAAAAGGAUGAGGAGCUAAAACCCCAGAAGGAACCAGUAAAGAUUCCAAUGCCACCCACAACGCAAAACAAUCUUCAAAUUAAAGAGAUCCCUAAAGAAAAGGAUGAGGAGCUUAAACCUCAGAAGGAACCAGUAAAGAUUCCAAUGCCACCCACAACGCAAAACAACCUUCAAAUUAAAGAGCCUUCUACUUCUGAAACAACAGAUAGUAAAGUUCAAGUUCCUCAUGCGCCAUCUCCACCACCCAAAAUCUUGAAAGAAAAUGUUUAUGCUCGUGAAAAACUUCUGUCUACAAAUACAGAGACAGAUAUGGAAAAGAAGUCAGACCCUGAGACUUCUAAUACUCUAAGUGAAGAAAAUGGAAGUAAAGAAGUAAGUUCUCCACCAAAACCCCCACCAAAAAUUCUGUCAGAAAAAAUGAAGAUUAAAUGGAUCGGGUCCGCUUCAGACUUGAUGGAAAAGGACAGAUCAGCUGAAAAAGGAAGCAAAGAGAACCUGGUGGACUUUGAUGAUACAGAAAAGGCAGAAAAGAUAAGUCCUUGGCAAACAAUAAUAUCUAAUGAUAUAAAAAUAGAAGAGGAGGGUCUACAUGACAAAAAUGAAAUGGAGUCAAGUGAUGUGGAUGAUGAACAACAUGAUACAGAUGAAGCGCAGAAUGAUAGGACAACUGAAGAUGCAGAGGAAGAAGAAAAGGACAUACUGGGUGAGAGGGACAUAAUGACAGACAAUGCUCAAGAAUCAUCAGCUAAGUCUCUUCAUCUGACUGAUACAAGUAUGUCUCCGAGAUUGUUGAACAAAACACAAGAAAAACCAAUCCCAGCAGAAAGGCAUUUCAUUGAGAGAAAACCCAAGGCAUCCUCUAUGGGAGACCUAUUGUCUGAUAGCAGUUUAGACUUUGGAAGCAAAAAGAGUGGAUCUAUGUUACAUCUAAAUAAGGACCGACUAAACAAAGUGGAGAUGAAGCUGGCAUGUGGCAGGCAGAGAGCAGAAACGCUCUUAAACCAGGUUUUAAAUGGGCAACAUGGAAAUACAGAAGAGGGCAAUGGGCUGGAUGUUAACUCUGCAACACUUCUAAAUGAGGUGAUGAGAGACCUUCAAGAAGCUUCUGAGGCAUUGAAGGAGAUCAAGACACCCCAAAAUACAAUGCCAGAGGGAGUGACUGAUAAACAGAAAGAGAAUCAGAAGGAUUUACUUGCACUCCACAGGAGAACUGUUCAUUUCUAGCACUUGUUGGAAAGUAAAAAUACUUGUAGAUAGUAUACAGCACAAAUCGCUUCAGCACUUUAUCUAUAAUCAGUCUCUAUUUGCACCUUGAGGACUAUAUAAGCAAAUGCUCCUACCCUUCAAGCAACAUCUAGUUGAUAUACAAUGGAUCUGUCUUUGUUACUUUUCUAAAUAUCUAAUUUAAAUGAAUCCCAAAUGUUUCUUUAAAUAAUAUAUAAAGAAUACGGUAUAUGAGCUUUAGAUGUGUAAUUGGGAUAAAAAAAAAAACACAAAAUAAACUUUAAAUACAAUUAUAACAAUGUAUAAGGCUUCAUCGACCAUCCAGUGCCAUAACAGAUAUGAUGGAUUCAUUAUGAUUUCUUGAUCUUUUCAUUGUUUUUUUUUACUUUAUGCAAUACUGUAAAAUAAUAAGUGUGAACAAAACCUAUAAUGACAACAUUGCAUAAUCUAGAACACAAACAAAAAUCUGUAUUUAAAGGCUCUCUGCACAUAAGAUCAUUCAAGGCAAGUUAGUUAUUUUCCUUGUCCCUAUAUUGUCCUUGAUAGCUGAAGAUCCAGUAUUUAUACACUGUAGGCAGUAUAAGAGCUAUCCGUGCCUACUAGCCUCAUUGAGGUUGUCAUACGUUCUGUAUAAAAUAUAACUAUUCAUGUACAACUAUAAUAAGAGAAAAUAUGAAUAUAAAGCUGGAGUUUUAUUUAUUUGAUUACUAAAAGUGUUUUUAAUGUACCAUAUUUUUCGCCGUAUAAGACGCACUUUUUCUUCCCCAUAACUGGGGGGGGGGGGGAAAGUUGGUGCGUCUUAUAUGGCGAAUACACAUUAAAACCCUGUCCUAUUGCGGCGGUCCCUGCGGCCAUCAAUGGCCGGGACCUGCGGCUAAUACAGGACAUCACCGAUCGCGGUGAUGCCCUGUAUUAACCCUUCAGAUGCGGCGAUCAAAGCUGACCGCCGCAUCUGAAGUGAAAGUGACACUAACCCGGCUGCACCGGGUGGGACCUUACCUCCUCGGUGUCUGCUCCGUGCCGGGAUCCCCUGCAUGGCCGGCGCUCUCCUUCGUCAUCAUCACAUCGACACGCACGCCGUCCCAUCAUCCAAUAGGAGCGGCAUGCGUAACGACGUGAUGGCGGCGACGGAGGGCGAGGAUACUGGGCAGCAGAGACGUUCCGGAGCUACGGGGACACCCCGGGGACACGGCGACAGCGAUGGAGGGCGACAUCCAGGGUAGCGGUGACGAAUGUUGAUGGGUCCGGAGCGGUGGGGACACGU